AUGGAUGCCCACCCAAGUAUAAAAAUCCGCGAAAAUGCUGCAACUAGCCAGUCCCACAGGUGCGCAAGUUUCACGGCAGCCCGGGCAGCCGGUCGUCCAACUUACACACCAAUCGAAUCGACUCUAGCCGAUGGUCUGGCCGUUCCUAUGGUUGGCUACAACGCCUUCGUUACUGCCGAUCCGCUGAUUGACAAGCUAGUCGUCGUCAAGGAGGAGUGGAUCGCCAUAGCGAUCUUGAAGUUGGUCGAAAAUGAGAAGUGCAUAGUCGAGGGUGCCGGAGCUACGGGAUUGGCCGCCAUUCUCGCAGGACAGCUCGACGAACUGAAAGGAAAGAGAGUGGUCCUCCCCCUCUGCGGUGGCAACAUAGAUACGACGAUCCUGGGUAGGUGCCUGGAGCGCGGACUUGCCGCCGAGGGUCGCCUCCUCAAGUUCACAGUGACGGUGUCCGACCGUCCAGGAGGGAUCUCUGAGCUCUGCAAGAUGCUCGCCGACAUCGGGGUGUCCAUAAAAGACAUCAUGCACGAGCGGGCCUGGAUCAUGUCGGACAUAUUCAGCGUCGAGGUCAAGGUCGUAUGCGAGACCAGGGACGCCCAUCACGCCCGACAGCUACAGGAAAUGCUCUACAAGAACUACAGGAGGGUUGUUUUUGGCAACAGUUCCGAAUUUUCAAACGGUGACGAUCAAUCCUUCACAGGGCGCUAGAUUGUAAACCAGUUAUGACGCUACCGCAUUAGAUUAAAUGCGUUCAAUCCGCGUUCAAACCGAAAUCAAGAUUAAUCAUCGAUAGUUUUUGAAUCGCCUUAGACUGAAACGACAUUGAGGAAGUGUAUUAUCGAAAAAUGACUUGGCGUUGCAACUGAAUUAUUUCUCUCGACGUUGACUCUAGAUGAUAUUUUCAACGCUUACUUUAACUGAUCGUGGAUAAAAGAAGGCAACUCGUUCAGUUGUGUGAACAUUGUAAUGUGUAACUUUUAUUUAUUCCUAUUUCUGAUCUUGUGGUUAUGGGCCAAACGUUUCUGUAUAUAUUAUACACCUACCUAUAGUUCGCAUAGCUGUAACGAAAGAUAAAAUUGUUAAUCAAUAAUUCUGGGUAUUAUACAUGGGGUAUCUGGGUGAAAGUUUUGUUAAUAAAGAAUGAUUGAUUAGUA